GGCCUUGUGGGGUCAGACCUUGCAUCUCAGUCAGCCCAGGGAGAAGAAGAUGGUCCACACCCAAGUGCAGGGAACACUGUGGCAGUUGGCGGGGCACCCGCUUCCAGGCAAGGACACGUCCUGCAUCAAGGAAACACGUGUUUCCGGAGUGAGGAGGCUGAAGGCAGGGCCCAGAGGAGAGCCGAGCUGUGGAAGGAGGUGUGUGCAUGGAUGGUGAGCUGGAGAAGGUGCAGGUGCCUCAGGGAGGAUGAGUGGGAUGAGCUGAUUCAGGGAAACCAUAACAAAUGCUUUCACCAAACAGGAGAAACCUGAACGUCUGGGUUCAGAGCCUCAGAUCUUACACUGGCAGCAAAUGGGGACACAGCAGCUGGACUGGCAGCAGCAGGGUUUGCAGCAGCUGGACUGGGAACAGCAGGGUUUGCAGCAGCUGGACUGGGAACAGCAGAGUUUGCAGCAGCUGGACUGGCAGCAGGAUGAUCCACAGCCUGAGGAGCAGCAGGGCUUACAGCAACUGCACUGGGAGCAGCCACAAGAACCACAGCCUCCCUUAGAGCCACCACAGGAGCCACAGCCCCCCUUGGAGCCACCACAGGAGCCACAGCCCCCCUUGGAACCCCCACAGGAGCACAGCCCCCUUUGGAGCCCCCACAAGAGCCACAGCCGCCCUUGGAGCCCCCACAAGAACCACAGCUGGAGCAGGAACAGGCUGGCACACAGUAGCACACAGGCUUGCAGCAGCAGACGGGCACACAGCAGCUGGAGCCACAGCCCCCACAGCCAGAGCCACAGCCCCCACAGCCGGAGCCACAGCCCCCACAGCCGGAACCACAGCCCCCACAGCCGGAGCCACAGCCCCCGCAGCCGGAGCCACAGCCCCCACAGCCAGAGCCACAGCCCCCACAGCUCCCACAACUGGAGCCACAGCCUCCAGAGCAGCCACAGCAGCCCAUGGUUCUGGUGGAUUGAGAGUAGAGAAGGUAGAGGAGCAGGUGAGAGGGAGAUGCAGGUGUGGAGCUCCCUGAGCCUGGGCUCUUUAUAUACCUGUCCAGAUGUCAGGCAGGACACAGGAUCCCUUCCUUGUGACUGUUUACACUAUUUUUCCAGAGCUGUUUUUUCCCUCUUUGCUAGUGACUUCCUCCUGGCUCAGCUGAGCAUCUACUUUCUUUGUGUGCUAAAUUUGUCUUUUUCCCCAUUUGUUUUGGCCCCUACAAUUAAUACCUGAGCUCCAGGCUGUCUGGUGCUUCCCGUAAAGCCCCAGGGUGCUGGUCACCUGCUCUCUGCUGACCACAUGUGACCAAUGGUCAACAGCCUCUGCCCAAGUGCUCUCAUCUUUCCUGUGUUGACUCCCCCAGAUAAUACUAAUUUUAUGUUUUUAGAUUUCAAAAUUCAUCCAUGGUCUUUGUAUUUU